GGUCUGCGGGCGCUGGGAGCUCGGGACUGGUCCGGUCCGCGGACAGAUCGGGGACCUCGGGUGGCCCUGCCCGCAUUCUCCCGCGAUGGGCGAGGCCAGCCGGGUGUGCUCUGGUUACUACAGCCUCAACCACAGCUUCGUGGAGUCCUUCCAGUGCCCCCAGCGCGGCGAGGCGGCCUCUCUCCUCUACUGCUGCGGCUUCGCGGACCUCAAGUACUGCUGCAGCGAGCCGGGCAGCUACUUCCCCUACAAGCACAGCUACAUGUGGAGCCUCAGCGUUGGUGCCCUGACUGGAUUGGGGAUUGCUGCCCUUAUUUUACUUGCCUUCGUCAUCAGCGUCUGUGUCCUUUGCUAUUUAUUUCUGUACACGAAGCCUCAAAGAUUAGACAACGGCCUGAAACUUCAACACCUAGAGGCGUCUUCCACUCAAGAAGGAAACUCAAAUAAGAAAACCAAAGCCCCCAAUUCAAACUCAACAAAUGAAACAUCCUAUGAAGCUGAUGAUGUAAUUCAAGAAAAAACAAUGGAUACAACACAAAUCAAUAUUGUGCAUUAUUAAAAAUCCUGUGUUGUAAAAUCAAUGGAGAACUGGAACAAUAAAACUAAAGAGUACAUUUGAAAUACAGUUCAUAAUAACAUUUUUCAAAAUUCACCACUCACAAAGCAAGACACAGCUGCAUUUUUUAUCAUUCAAUUAAUUUAUUAAAUACCUACUAAGGUUCUGAUAGCUUUUCUUUUAUUUACUAAUUAAUAUGACUGCACAUUACACAAAAUUAUCCUAAUACUUCAGGAGAAAUUAAAUAAUUUUUUUGUAUUCUUAUUUAUUAUUUACUUUUCACUUACAGUUGACAUUCAAUAUUAUUUU